AUGAGUCUGUGCAGCGACGGCUUAUCAAGCGACCCGUACUUCUUGGUUAAUUUCAUCAUGAGCCAUUAUCUAGGCCCUGAUGUCUUUUCAGAUAUCCCAAGAUGCUCUGUUUCUCAAAGAUUAUCCAAACGCUUGCCUCCUUACACCCCCAAGCAAAUCGGAUCCUCCUCUCUAACCGUUGCUCAGCUACAGAACUUGUACUAUUAUGUACUCAGAAACGCCAGCUCCUCCCUCCUCCUUCAUCCGGAUAUGGUUCUUAUGUAUCUCAAGGGUUAUCUACCUAUGGAACCUAGUGGAGAGCUUCGUCAGUUCACUCAUUAUUUCCCCACGAGUCUUCACCCGCAGAAAAGGUAUUCCCCGAGUCUCGAGAUUGUCAAGGGCAUUGUUGUUAUUGAUGAUCCUGUUGUAGCGUUUAUAAGCAAGGACGAGCUUCAGAGAUUCAGAUGCUUGUCACGUGUGGACGACUUGAAAAUAGACAGGGUCGUGUCUUUGUCUCCUCGACCUGUGAAGAUGCUGGAUGAAAGACGAGGAGCCGAGAAGGAGUGUUUAAGUAAUGGGGAAGUGACAUCAAAUGGACUUGUCAGUGACCAAGAACUUCAAGACACUAGCAAAAGAAAGAGAGUGGAGAAAGAAGUUGCUGUUUGUGUAAACAGUGAUCAAAUCCCGGAAAGACUUUCAGGAGAUAUACCACAAAGAAAGGGAACGGAGCAGGAGGAAGCGAUGUCCAAUGGACUUGUCACUAACCAAGACUGUAACUCAUCUGCACAGCCUCCAGAAACAUGCAAGAGGAAGAAAGAUGAAGAAGAAGCAGUUUCUGCUCAUGCUUCUUGUGGUGUCAUCAGCAAGACACCAGAAAGAUUUCGAGAGACUUACAAGAGAAGACGGUUCAAAAACUCAUCAACAAAAGAGAAAAACAAGAAUGGAGAAUCUCUUGUGGAAAGAGACAAAACAGAUCCGCCACUUGUAAUUGUUCCUCCUGAGAUGAAGGAAUGUGAUGCAGAACCAACGGUUGUAACUAAAGGAACAGCAAGUAGAGGAACAUCCAUUGGUGUUGUCGACAUUGGCGUCAACAAAGUUGCUUACUUUUUCCAGGUGGCUCUGCCCGGUGUCAGCAAAGACAACGAUAAGUUCAGCUGUGAGAUUAAAUCAGAUGGAAAGGUUAUACUUGAGGGAUCAACCACAACAGGACAGAAGACGAUAGAGAGGCAUUCUCGUGUUUUCAAGAUGAAUAGCCAGAAGCUGUGUCCUCCUGGACCGUUCAAGCUGUCCUUUAGCCUCCCAGGACUAGUCGAUCCAAGGUUUGUCUCUCCUAACUUCAGAUCAGAUGGUAUCUUCGAGGCUGUCGUCAUCAGACAGAAAGACACUAUCUAAACCAGAGGUUCCUUCAAGCUAAGUAACACUAGGAUCUCUGUAAAUCUUUUUGUUAAUGGGAUAUAGAAGCUAGGCCCAAUCAAAAGCAGACAUAUCUCUCAUUUUUUUGGACAUGAAGCUGUUGCUUUUGCUAACCAGACCCCUCUUCCCACUAUUGAUCCCACAAU